AUUUACUCAAUACAGCCUAAAAUCAUGAUGAAGAAGAAGAGCAUAUCUGCAAGCAAAGCUUCCUUGGUCCUCUUUCUGUGCCAAAUGAUUUCUGCAUUGGAUGUACCUCUUGACUCAAAACUUCUAGAAGAAUUGUCGCAACCUCCUACGAUAACUCAGCAAUCUCCAAAAGAUUACAUUGUUGACCCCCGAGAGAAUAUUGUAAUACAGUGUGAAGCAAAAGGAAAGCCACCUCCUAGCUUCUCCUGGACACGCAAUGGAACUCAUUUUGAUAUAGAUAAAGAUGCACAGAUAACAAUGAAACCAAAUUCAGGGACCCUUGUCAUAAAUAUUAUGAAUGGUGGGAAGGCAGAAGCAUACGAAGGAGUAUACCAAUGUACAGCAAGGAAUGAACGAGGAGCAGCCAUUUCCAACAAUAUUGUUAUAAGGCCUUCUAGAUCCCCUUUGUGGACGAAAGAAAAACUAGAACCAAAUCAGGUUCGAGAAGGUGAUUCACUAGUAUUACACUGCAGACCUCCUGUUGGCUUACCACCACCUAUAAUAUUUUGGAUGGAUAAUGCUUUCCAAAGGCUGCCUCAAAGUGAAAGAGUUUCCCAAGGUCUAAAUGGAGACCUUUAUUUUUCUAAUGUACAACCAGAAGAUACCCGGGAGGACUAUAUCUGCUAUGCAAGAUUUAAUCAUACACAAACUAUACAGCAGAAACAACCCAUUUCUGUAAAAGUCUUUUCAACCAAGCCAGUUACAGAGAGGCAACCAAUUCUUCUAACACCGACAGGUAGCACAAGUACCAAAGUGGAACUCAGAGGAAAUGUGCUUUUGUUGGAGUGCAUUGCAGCAGGAUUACCCACACCGGUAAUCCGCUGGUUUAAAGAGGGUGGGGAAUUGCCAGCCAACAGAACAUUUUUUGAAAACUUCAAGAAAACUCUCAAGAUUAUAGAUGUUUCUGAAGCUGACUCUGGGAACUACAAAUGUAUAGCAAGAAAUAUAUUAGGUUCUGCUCAACAUGUCAUUUCAGUGACUGUGAAAGCUGCCCCAUACUGGAUAACAGCACCCAGAAACUUGGUCUUGUCUCCUGGAGAAGAUGGGACAUUGAUCUGCAGAGCUAACGGCAACCCAAAGCCUAAUAUAAGCUGGUUAGCAAAUGGCGUUCCCAUAGCAAUUGCCCCAGAAGAUCCUAGCAGAAAGGUAGAUGGUGAUACCAUUAUUUUCUCACAUGUGCAAGAAAGGUCAAGUGCUGUCUAUCAGUGCAAUGCUUCUAAUGAAUAUGGAUACUUGCUAGCAAACGCAUUUGUGAAUGUUCUGGCUGAGCCACCAAGAAUUCUAACUCCUGCUAAUAAACUCUAUCAAGUUAUCGCAGAUAGUCCCGCAUUGCUAGACUGUGCUUAUUUUGGUUCACCUAAGCCUGAAAUUGAAUGGUUUAAGGGAGUGAAAGGUAGCAUCUUACGUGGAAAUGAAUACGUUUUCCAUGAUAAUGGAACGUUGGAAAUUCCAGUGGCUCAAAAGGAUAGUGCUGGUACAUACACCUGUGUAGCAAGGAAUGAAUUAGGAAAGAUACAAAAUGAGGUGCAAUUGGAAGUUAAAGAUCCAACAAUGAUAAUUAAACAGCCAGAAUACAAAGUGAUUCAGAGAUAUGGCCACGUUUCAUUUGAGUGUAUAAUAAAGCAUGAUUCUACCUUAUUACCAACAGUUAUAUGGCUGAAGGACAAUGAUGAACUGCCAGAUGAUGAAAGGUUUCUAGUUGGUAAAGACAACUUGACCAUUAUGAAUGUAACUGAUAAAGAUGAUGGAACAUACACUUGCAUAGUUAAUACUACUCUGGACAGUGUUUCAGCAAGUGCUGUGCUUACUGUUGUUGCUGCUCCCCCAACUCCAGCUAUCAUUUACGCUCGACCAAAUCCACCCUUUGACUUGGAAUUGACAGGUCAGCUAGAAAGAAGUGUUGAACUCUCAUGGAUACCAGGAGACGAAAAUAACAGUCCCAUUACAAACUUUGUGAUUGAAUAUGAAGAUGGGCUGCAUGAACCAGGGGUAUGGCAUUACCAGACGGAAGUUCCUGGAACUCAGACAACAGUACAGUUGAAGUUGUCUCCAUACGUCAACUACUCAUUCCGUGUGAUAGCUGUCAAUGAGAUUGGCAGAAGUCAGCCGAGUGAACCAUCUGAGCAGUACCUGACAAAAUCUGCAAACCCUGAUGAAAAUCCUUCUAAUGUACAUGGGGUAGGCUCAGAACCUGAUAAUUUGGUAAUAACAUGGGAGUCUUUAAAAGGUUUUCAGUCUAAUGGACCAGGGCUCCAGUACAAAGUCAGCUGGCGUCAGAAAGAUGUUGAUGAUGAAUGGACAUCUGUUGUAGUUGCAAAUGUAUCUAAAUAUAUUGUGUCUGGUACACCAACUUUUGUUCCCUACGAAAUAAAAGUACAAGCUUUAAAUGACCUGGGAUAUGCACCAGAGCCAUCAGAGGUGAUUGGACAUUCAGGGGAAGACUUGCCAAUGGUUGCUCCAGGCAAUGUGCAGGUUCAUGUUAUUAACAGCACAUUAGCAAAGGUGCAUUGGGACCCAGUUCCACUAAAAACUCUCCGAGGACACCUUCAAGGGUACAAA